CGAUCAUAAAAGAAUCGGAUUCUUUUUCGCUAUUUCGAUCUCUCUUUUCUUUGCUAUACUCGGCCAUUCACUCUUCUCUGAACUUCUUUACCAUCGAUCACAUUUGCAACAAAUCUGCCCUAAAAAGCUUUUUUGAAACAAAGCCCGGCACUACAAGGUACAAACAAGGCAAAGCAAAGACACUGCUUCGACAAGAAGUAAAUGUCUCCUUCGAAUACAGACUUAGAUCAGCAACGACAAGAAUUAUCCUUGUCGUCUCACCCGUCAGAUCACUCUUCAAACGAAUCUUCAAUGUCAAUCAAGGAGCAAGGAAAGGUCAAUAGUAAUGAUCUUGAUCAGAGUCAACAACAACAAGCAGAUAAACUUGCGCCACCAAAGCUGUAUCCCUCAGGUGAAAAUAUGCUUUUCCAGAACAACAAUGGGACUGAAGGAUCAGCCCCAAAUAAAGAAGAUUUGGUCAAUGUCUCUGCCUCAUUAUUGUCAGACUCUGUUCUAAUCCCUACAGCUUCACAUCAAACUAAUGGAAUCGACAGCAAUUCAAAAGCGUAUUAUGCUGUCAGCACCGCCGAGUUGACAACUAUGUCUGGAAGUAAUAGCAGUAGUUGUAAUAGUAGAGCAGAGCCUUAUUUGAGCAGAGAGCAAAACCAGCACCAACAAUAUCAAGACCAACAUAAUGAAGGCAAGGACAACGCAAAAAUAAGAACGCUCAAAAGCACCACAAAAGAGGAGUUUUUGAUUCGGGAAAACAACCUUGACCAGCUCCACAAUCGAUACCCUCAGCAAUCUAGAGAGGAUCCCCACUUUUACCUUCAUUCCAACGACCUUAGAGGAAAUAUCAAUGUUCCCUCAUCGUCUCCGCCAUCAUCGACCAAUUUUAAUCAUAAAGGCGGAGAAAGACAUAGGCAUGAGCAGAUCCUUCAUGAUCGAGACGAAAGUUCUGAGGACAAUGGCCAAGAAGGUCGCAAUCUCAUGGAUGGAGAUCAAAGCAUGGAUCAUGGUCAUUAUCGUGAAAAUUACUCCUCAACAUUGUCAGAUGAAAAGUACAAGAGACUCAAGAGGAAACUGAGGGAAGUCUUGGAGGAAAACGAGCGAAUGAGUAAGGAGCUGGAUAAGUCUCAAAGACGCGUUCGAAAUUUGCGGCGAGAGAAACUUCUUUUGUUAGAUCGCCUUUGUCUAUUUGAGAGAAAAGAUUCGGGCUCAGGAUCAGACUCGCUCUCAUCACUCAGCAGUGACAGUGAAGAAUAUGAAUCUUCAACCCAGGAGGAUAUACCUCCAGAGCCUGUGAAAUUAUCUAUACCAGCAGGAAAGCAAAACAAGGCGAAGAGCAAUUCAAAACUGACUCCAAAUCCAAACGCAACGCCAACGCCUGGGACCACUCCUCAGCAUCCUAAAAAGUCUGCUACUGCCAAGAACACUCCAGGUGCAUCUACAGGAGGUCGAGCAGGUUCAGCCAAGGAAACAAAGAGUCACUCGUCUGUUUCAACACCUUCUACAAUCACCAAUGUUGGAUCUGCAACUCAGAAGCCUAAACGCAUCCAUCAAAUUAAUAAACUCAGGCCAGGACUUGGUAAAGUUCGUCGGGUGCAAGCAGUAGAAAAGGAUGAGAAUGGGAAUGUUAAACUGCCUGUCACUGUUGGCAUCAUUACGAUCCAAAGCCUCGGUCACGUAGUGUACGAUCGCGAGGCUUUUCACAAUGAUCGAUACAUUUGGCCCGUUGGUUACAAGAUGUCACGCUCUUACAACAGUAUGAUUGAUCCGAACAAUCAGACAACUUACACUUGUAGCGUCAUUGAUGAUGGAGAGGCACCUAAGUUCCAAAUUGACGCUGAAGAUCAGCCAGGCAAACCGAUUAUCGCUGGAAGCGCUACAGGAGCAUGGACACAUGUCGUCAAAGCCGCGAAUGCGAUUCGUAAACGUGACCACUCUAACUCAGCCUCCGGACCUGAUUAUUAUGGUUUCUCAAACGCCACUAUUGCCAAGAUGAUCCAAGAUUUGCCAAACGUAGAUAAAUGCGAGAGCUAUAUCAUGCAGCGAUUUGAAGAACCUGCUUCGACAAGAUCGUCUGGUAACAAAGCAUCGACAGCAGCAAUAACUAAAGGUCCAAAUGAUCAUGAAACGAAUCAUCAUAAGCAUGGAGGUAUUCAUGACGGUGAUAAUGAUGACGACAAUGACGACGCAUAUACAUCAUUGGGAACCCCAGGGAGAAAGAAGGCCCGAAUUUCGUCACCCAAGAUUCGACAUGCAGGGCUCGAUUACCCAGCCUCAGUUCUAGAACAGAAGCGAGAUGAUCAGACUGAGCAAGAUGAAUUAAUAGAGGAUGUUGAUGACGGGGACGAAACUCAAUCCGAGCAUGAGCAAGAGGAGAGAAGAAGACCGUUGACAUCACCCAAACCCAAUUGGUCUGUUUCUAUACACUCUACAACCAUACCCUGUAACGUGAACCAACACUCCGCGCCAUCUGUGGUGACAACAGCAGGAGAAUCCAUUGUGGAUAUUGAAGGAGACGGAGAAGGACAGGUAGAUUCAAAUUUUGAAUCAGAUGUUAUUGUCGAUGUUGAUGGUGAUGUAUCGAUGCAUGACUCUGCUUCGCCGCUACCUGGAGAAGUGGUCAAAGCAGAAAUGGGUGGUAGCUAUAAAGAAGGAUCAGAGCAUGUUGCAACCAUAGAGUCUUCAGAGUUAUAGAGCUUUAAU